AGCAUGCUCCCCGCCGCCUGCUAACGCGCGUUCCUCCCCCUGCCACGCAGCCACACUCUGCUUCCUGCGCGGAGCUGGACCGGAUUCCAAAGGAGGCAGGUGAGUGAGCGGGGGUUCGGCUGUUGCCAGGGGCAACCCUGGAUGCAGGGGGAGUCUUGGUCGCAGAGCAUCCUCUGGGCCGCUCUCAGGCGGAGGCGCCUGGAAGGGGGCUUUAAGCAAAUUUUUUUGCUGAGCCUGUAGCUUCCCUGCCCGGCUUGCAAGUCAGCCAAAAGCUGCUAAAAUGCGUGAGACACACCCUGCGCUAUCAGGGCUUUAGCGAGGGAAGGCCUCGUCAUCAAGUUGUGCUCAGGGGAUUAGGUGCCCACCCUGAGCCGGUAGUAAACCAAAUUGGACACUGCUCCUAUCUUCUCUCCUUAAACCUUGCAUCUUGGCUAAUAAGGAGGCGGACUUCGGUAAUAUGGCGCCCUGAGCGAGGACAAAAUUUGACGCUCCCCCUCCCCAAUAUUUCUUAUUUACCCAUAUGUUUACCCAUAUAAAUAUAGGUAUUGUUAUUAUUAUAUUAUUAUAAUAUUAUUAUUAUAGAGUAGCUGGGGAAACUUAGCCAGAUGGGUGGGGUAUAAAUAAUAAAUUAUUAUUAUUAGGCUUCCUCUUGGCUCUGCACCCUGUGCAGGAGAACUGCCCGAACUGCCCUAAAUCCAGUGCUGACUGCCUUAUGUUCAGCCAGACCAUUGGGGUCCAUCUAGCAUAGUAUUAUUGCCAGUAUCGGUGCUGGCAGCUGCUUUCCAGGAUUUUCAGGCACGGGGGUCAUUCCCAGCCCUGAAUGAAGAUGCUGGCGAUUGAAGCUAGAAUCAUAGAAUUGUAGAGUUGGAAGGAACCUAUCACAGUCAUAUGGCAGAACAGCCCUUACUGUCAGAAAGCUCCUCCCGAUGUUUUGUUGUAAUCUCCCUUCUUAUAACUUGAAUUGAACUGGAGCAGGAGAGAACAAGCUUGCUCCAUCUUCCAAGAGAUAUUCCAUAAGCUAGGUGCUUAUAUAUCAGGUGCCUUGGGCCAGCUCUGCUGGUAGAUUUUGAAAACAGGUUUCCCACCCCAACACUUUACACCAGAGACCAUUAUAUCAUCAUAAUAAUAAUUUAUUAUUUAUACCCCGCCCAUCUGGCUGGGUUUCCCCAGCCACUCUGGGACAGCUUCCAACAGAAUAUUAAAAACAUGAUAAAACAUCAAACGCUAAAAACUUCCCUAAACACAGUGUACCUUAAAAGCAUAAUUAACCAAUUAGUUAUUUAACUAUGUUGUCAGUAAUAUCACUGACAAUAUCUGAUAUCACCCUCCUGUUGUGACUCUUCUAAUCCAACCAGUCUACUGUUCUGGAUCUGCUUGGCACUUUUUUUGUGCUAGCUGGCUCCUCUGUACAGGAUAUAUUUGUUUACAGAGCUGUGGGUGGAUUUUAUAAGGCACUUGCUGGCUAAGUAAGAACUGCAAAUUUGCCUCCCGAAAAGUAAAACUGGUCAGAUUCUGCUGCUGAGUGCUUUUAUUUGGCAUUUGCGCGGGAGAACGAAGGGUGCAGAAAAAGGCAAACAAGAUGUCUGGAACCAUCACCUUGGUGCCUAGAUAAUUGUUGGGUUACCAGCUGAAAACAAAGUACAAGGGGCAGCUAUGAUUUGUAAAAAUUCCGGUGGCUAACGCUCCUUGUACUGGGGAGCAGGAUUUAGAGGGGCUACAUGCAAGUGAAAUAACCAAUUAGGAAUGAUGUAUGUAUCCCACAAUUCCUCACAAGCUCAGAAUAUCACCUUUCUCUCUUUUUUUUUUGGCUUUAUAAAUGUUCUUCAUGCACUGUCUAAUCAAAUUACUGAAAUCAGAGGGGCUACUGAUUUUAAGAUUUCCAGGAGUCACUGGGAAGAACUUCCACACUCUGCAUAGAUGCUGUUAUGCCACACCCCCUUGGUGGCUACUAGAAGCUGAAUAAGUUAAAGAAAUUGAGAAGAAAUCCUGCAAUAUUGUUAACUUCCAUGAUUUUAUCCAGGACUCAGAAUUGCUAGUGUUUUAGAAUUUGGGUUAGCUCUGCAGAAAAGCUUGUGGGCGGUUUUUUUGCUUUUGAAUACAAGCAACCCUGCCAUGUUCAGAUGAAUGUAGCAAAACAGCAGAUGUAUUUUUGUCCAGGAUGCUGUGCCUCAUUUCUAUACUUUCGCUGGAGUACAUUCCCCACAAAGAAGGCUCUCCAAAACACCCACCCCUCACUUUCAGGAAAGUGCCCUUCUUCUGAGCAAGGCAUUGUGGGUGAGAUCAUCUCAGAGGCCGUCUGCACUGUCAACUCUUUGCCACUCUGGCAGCAAAUAUUUGUUUAAAGCUAACUUCUGAAGGCUUAAUGUUUUUGAGUAACAGUUGCCGGAAGCCACAGGAGCAGCGGGUUCUCAGGUCCUGCUUUUCAGGUUUCCCACAGACAUCUGGUUGGCCACUGUGAGAACAGGGUGCUGGACUAAAUGGGCCAUUGGCCUGAUCCAGCAGUCUCUUCCUAUGCUCAUAUGUGAUUCUUAAACAAAUCAGAUGGGAAAUUGCUGGUCUUCUCAACAGACACAUGUAACAUGUCCCUAAGAUCAGCCUCCACACUUGGGGACUGGAAAGCAGCCAAAGGAGCAUUAUUAAAUUUUAUUUUGCCUGUUUAUAAUGUGUGAAGUGCCCCUUAGAUUCUACAUCCUAAACCAGCAAUGGUCUUCUUUCCUAGCUUUCUCUGGACAGUACUCUGAUCUUCACACCUGUCUCCCCCACCAACUUCUGAGUGUUACGCCUGACUCUCUCCCUCUCCUCCCAUCUUUUUGUAGCGCUGCCUUCUCUGUAAUCGACCGAAGCGCAAUGGCAAGCAAAACAGGACCUGAGCAUCUCUUCAACCCUGCCACUGAAAUGGAGACAGCAGGGACCGUGUUGGGCACAAAGUAAGGAGCUGGGAGGGGGUGGGGAGCCCCUUAAAUGGGUGGAGCAUUAAAGUUUUUAGAUUGGUGUAAGGAACUGUUGGCCCACAGCCCAAAUCCUGCCCAGUUGUUUGGACAGGCCCUGCUGCCUCUCCUGGGCCUUGCCUCUCCUUGGGGUGGUCCAAAGAGGACCACGGCAGCAGCACCUUCUGAAAUGGCUGAAGCAGGAGGUAGGCCGAGCAGGGCAAGCAUUGGAGAAGUGGCGGUUUCCCAAUGAGCUUGUUGUGACUGCUGCUCAGCUGAGCGGGGCAGAGAGAUAAGUCUUCCUCACGUUCCCCAUCUCUCCUACUGCCCACCGAAUUGGAAACAGCUGAGCAGUGCCAAAGAGGAGGCUGUGUUUGUGUUUUCUGCUGUACGUAAGGGUCAUUUGUACAUGAGGGUGUGCAGUGGCCUCCCCAUUAGGGCUGGGUGAUAUAUUGAUAUGUCAUUGGAAUAUUGCGAGCUGCAGCUACGCACCCUUUGGACACACCCACUGCCUGCAUCUGGCUCCUUGGAAAGUUGGCUCCAAAGGAAUGUAGCCCUUGUCUUGAGAGCAGGUUCUCCCAUCCCUGCUCCAGCAAAGAAGGCUGCUGGCUCAGUCCUGGGCCUCUUGUUUCGGAGUUUGGGGGGGGGCAUGUGGGCUGAGAUAGGGCUGAGACCCUAUAUACCCGCAGUCUGUCUCGCCAGAGUGGUGCAUGCUCUAGUUAUCUCUUGCUUGGACUACUGCAAUGCGCUCUAUGUGGGGCUACCUUUGAAGGUGACCCGGAAACUACAACUAAUCCAGAAUGCGGCAGCUAGACUGGUGAAUGGGAGUGGCCGCCAAGACCAUAUAACACCGGUCCUGAAAGACCCACACUGGCUCCCAGUACGUUUCAGAGCACAAUUCAAAGCAUUGCUGCUGACCUUUAAAGCUCUAAACGGCCUCGGCCCAGUAUACCUGAAGGAGCGUCUCCACCCCCAUUGUUCUGAAGGCCAGUGCCGAGGGCCUUCUGGUGGUUCCCUCGCUGCAAGAAGCCAAGUUACAGGGAACCAGGCAGAGGGCCUUCUUGGUAGUGGCCCCCUUGUCCUGUGGAAUGCCCUCCCCUCAGAUGCCAUGGAAAUAAACAACUAUCAGACUUUUAGAAGACAUCUGAAGGCAGCCCUGUUUGGGGAAGCUUUUAAUGUUUAACAGUCUAUUGUAUUUUAAUAUUUUAAUAUUUUGCUGGAAACUGCCCAGAGUGACUGGGGAAACCCAGCCAGAUGGGCAGGGUAAUAAUAACAACAACAACAACAACAACAAUAAUAAUAAUAGUUAUUACUUAUACACCGCCCAGCCUUUCUGGGUGGCUUCCAACCGAAUAAUAAUAAUAAUAAUAAUAAUAAUAAUGGUUAUUACUUAUACACCGCCCAGCCACUCUGGGUGGCUUCCAACCGAAUAAUAAUAAUAAUAAUAAUAAUAAUGGUUAUUACUUAUACACUGCCCAGCCACUCUGGGUGGCUUCCAACCGAAUAUUAAAAACAAUACAGCAUCAAACAUUAAAAACUUCUCUAAACAGGGCCACCUUCAGUUGUCUUUUAAAAGUAAAAUAGUUGCUUAUUGCCUUGACAGAUGGUGAGAGGGCGUUAUUAUUAUUAUUAUGUGACUCUUGUGACUUGCCCCUCUUCUCACUCCCUGUUCUCCUGGCCUCCCCUCCCCUCCCUCCCCAGGAUCAACAUCCCAGCUCUCCUGCCCCAAGGACCCGCCAAGGAGUGGCUGGAUCAGCGCCGGGCCACCAUCCGGCCCUGGGCCAACUUCAUCGACCAGCGGCGCUUUGGGAAGCCUCGGAACUUUGGGGAGCUCUGCAAGCGGCUGGUGCGCAACGUGGAAUAUUUUCAGAGCAACUACGUCUUUGUCUUUCUGGGACUCAUCGUCUAUUGCCUGUGAGUGGGAUGUUGAGGGCGUGGGAAGGAACCCUCUUAACUUUGAGGGCGUCACUGAGCAUGCACAGAGGUGCAUUUUGUCCCACAGCUGGGAUAAGCCACACAAGCUAGUCUCAGGGGGAGGCUGCUUUUGGCACAAGAUGUGGGAAUAUCCCUUCUGACAGAGCAAUUUUUUGUUUGUUUGUGAUGAUACUGAGGUGUCAUUGGAAUAAAGAAUGGAAAGAGCAGCAAAGAAGUUGCAUGUUUGCCCUGAAGCAGUAGAUUGUAUGUUGAUGACAUACAAAUAGAGAUAGACAAAUGGUCAAAGUUAGCAUGUCAAACAGGAGGUUUCAGGUUAGCAUUUUGCUUGAUUUCCUUUUGGUGGGGAGAGCAUUCAGUCGAGAACGUUUAUUUCACUUUUCAAGGGAGCAUUUACACAUUCAGUUCUGCCACCUGCAAUAUGAAACAGUAGCUCACAGAAGCAGACAAAUAACAAGGAGGAUCUGCAAGCAGGUUGGCUUUAGCUCUUGUGCAGAAUUUUGCUGCUUAAGGGUCGCUGAGGAAUACUGUGUAAUGUCCCAAAGCCGGGAACCCUUUUGUGAUUAUUACUGUGAUUUGGGGAGAGGGUUGGACUGAUGAUCCGUGAUCUUUCUUGACGCUUCUAACCCCCUGGCCUUCUCUCUCUGCCCUGGCAGCAUCACGUCUCCCCUGCUCCUGAUUGCGCUUGCUGUCUUCUUUGGAGCCUGUUACAUCAUCUACUUGAAGACCCAGCAGUCACAACUUGUUGUCUUUGGUACGUAGAGGGAGGCUGGCAUUGACAAGCUGUGUGUGAUAGGCAAAAUUCAUACCAGUGCAAUAGAUUGCAUGCUGAUUACAUAACCAUCAUGAUCACUGAAGCCAUAACAUUUCCCGUUUUCUUCUAAAGCCACACUCUAACCUUGUUUUCCGAGUGGCUUACGGCAUAAAACGAUGACAUACAGUCAAAACAUAAUAUUGUAAAAUAAAGUAAAAAACCUGCAGCAUAGGACAGAAUAAAAGCAGUGUUUCAGAUCUCUAAAAACACAGAUUUCUAAAAAGUCUGGGAAAUGAAAGUCUCUUCACCUGAUGCCAGAAUAACCAUAAGGUAGACAUUCCCACAGCUGGGGGGCCACCACUGCAAGGCCCUGUUUCUGGUAGCCACCUGUUUCACUUCAUUUAGCACCUUGAUGGCAGAAAGUGAGGAGGAAUUAAAGAACCUUUUAGUGCGGGUGAAAGAGGAGAGCACAAAAUAUGGUCUGAAGCUCAAAAAAACUAAAAUCAUGGCCACUGGUCCCCUCACCUCCUGGCAAAUAGAAGGGGAAGAAAUGAAGGCAGUGAGAGAUUUAACUUUCUUGGGCUCCAUGAUCACUGCAGAUGGUGACAGCAGUCACAAAAUUAAAAGACGCCUGCUUCUUGGGAGAAAAGCAAUGACAAACCUAGACAGCAUCUUAAAAAGCAGAGGCAUCACCUUGCCAACAAAGGCCCAUAGAGUUAAAGCUAUGGUUUUCCCAGUAGUGAUGUAUGGAAGUGAGAGCUGGACCAUAAAGAAGGCUGAUCGCCAAAGAAUUGAUGCUUUUGAAUUAUGGUGCUGGAGGAGACUCUUGAGAGUCCCAUGGACUGCAAGAAGUUCAAACCUAUCCAUUCUGAAGGAAAUCAGCCCUGAGUGCUCACUGGAAGGACAGAUCCUGAAGCUGAGGCUCCAAUACUUUGGCCACCUCAUGAGAAGAGAAGACUCCCUGGAAAAGACCCUGAUGUUGGGAAAGAUGGAGGGCACAAGGAGAAGGGGACGACAGAGGACGAGAUGGUUGGACAGUGUUCUCAAAGCUACCAACAUCAGUUUGACCAAACUGCAGGAGGCAGUGGAAGACAGGAGUGCCUGGCGUGCUCUGGUCCAGGGGGUCACGAAGAGUCGGACACAACUAAAUGACUAAACAACAACAACCUGGAGCAGGGCCUCUGAAAAGGAUCUCCCAGGUUAGAUUCAUAGAAUUGUAGAGUUGGAAGGGACCAGGGGGGUCAUCCAGUCCAACCCCCCUUCAAUACAGGAAUCACCCACAACCCCAAGAUUAAGUCUCUACCGACUGAGCUAUCCCAGCAUAGGACUCGGGUAGGUCUAUUGGGGAGAAGGCGAUCUUCCAGGGAUCUUUACCGGUUGCUGGGAAUCUCAAGCAGGAGGAGUGCUGCUGUGCUCAUGUCAUGAAAAGGGAGGGGGCAGUUCUUGGCCAUGUGAUUCGGACACUCCGGCUCCUUUCGUGGGCGACACUCCUUGAAGCUCUGUCAUGCCUUGAAGCGUCCUUGAAGGUUGCAGCUCCCAGAGUAGCCACCAGGUGGCGGUGCAUCAACAAGAAUGAUGCAGAUCACUGGCGAAUGCCCUUUUCUUGCUAGGCUUCAACCCUGUAGUUUGUAGCUAGAGUAGACCAUAGAGUGCUUGGCGUCUUGUGUUCAUUUGCAGUAAUCAGGCAAAACUCUGUUGUUGGGCCGGUGGUCGAUUUACACAGGCUUCCAGCUUUGUCUCAAAAGGCCCUGAGAGUUAGAGCGUGAGCCCGGUAUUUCUGCCCUCUGUAUUCUCACCCAACCUCUUUUUCUUUAGGGCGGGAGCUCAGCACAGCCCACCAAUACGGCCUGGCUGGGGGCGUUUCCUUUCCAUUCUUCUGGCUGGCAGGGGCCGGCUCUGCUGUCUUCUGGGUGCUGGGUAAGUGAACAGCCACAUUCCAGCUGUCAGACACAAACCACCUUCCAUUUCUGGAUAAUAAAAUAGAAGGGGUGCGUGUCUUCUCUUGUUUCCUGGAAAUCUGGGAGACAGUCCACAGCUUGCACAAACAGCAAGUUGUAAAAAGUGUUCCUGUGGAGUUACCCGGGAGGAGAGCUUUCCCUCCUGCACUGCUCAUAACUGCAUGUGUCACAAUGCAUCCCGUACUCUCUUUAAAAUGCAUAAAUCCUGCAGGAAGAAGAGCUAAAUUCUGUGAUGUGCAUAACUUGGGUAAAUGUGCUUGCAUUACGUAAUAGACUCUUAGUUUGCAUAAUUUAUUCUGCCUUUGCUAGUCCGGAGUUGGUGUGCGUAAUAAUUUUAGUAAUAAUUUAUUAUUUAUACCCCGCCCAUUUGGCUGGGUUUCCCCAAGCCGCUCUGGGCAGCUCCCAAUAGAAUUAAAAGCACAAUAAAACCUCAAACAUUAAAAACUUCCCUAAACAGGGCUGCCUUCAGAAAAUAACAACAACAACAAUUUAUUUAUACCCCGCCCAUCUGGCUGGGUUUUCCCCAGCGCUCUGGGCAGCUUCCAGCAAAAGAUAAAAAAUACAUUAAAACAGAUGUCUUCUAAAAGUCAGAUAGUUGUUUAUUUCCUUGACAUCUGAUGGGAGGGCGUUCCACAGGGCAGACGCCACCAUCAAGAAGGCCCUCUGCCUGGUUCCCUGUAACUUGGCUUCUUGCAGUGAGGGAACCGCCAGAAGGCCCUCGGAGCUGGUCCUCAGUAUCCGGACUGAACGAUGGGGGUGGAGACGCUCCUUCAGGUAUACUGGGCCGAGGCCGUUUAGGGCUUUAAAGGUCAGCACCAACACUUUGAAUAGUGCUCAGAAAUGUACUGGGAGCCAGUGUAGUCUUUCGGGACUGGUGUUAUAUGGUCUUGGCGGCCGCUCCCAGUUACCAGUCUAGCUGCCGCAAGGCACUACUGCAGGGCACUAACGCCUUGUUCUAGAAAUCUGUUCAGCGAUCUGUUUGACUUCUUAGAUGUGAUAGUCCUUAACGGAAGCUUGUUUUUAAGAAGUGCAACCUGAGAUUCUCAGGAUGCCGGGUGUGUGCAUUACCUGCACAUACAAGUUGCAGAAUACACUUGUCAAGCUUCUCAGCUGACACUCAUAUUUUGCAAUGUCUGCAUUUUGAUCAUAUUCAUGGGCUUCGGCUUACUGUUGCUGUUCCCAACCCUGCUCAAAUUUAGUCCACAGCCUUGCACAGUUCAGCUUCACUUGCUACACCAUUAUUUGUGGCCUUCCACUAGUUCAGGGGCCCUGGCAUGUGACCCUGAUCUUUUUCCUUUUUUUGCAUUGUGGACCAGAUCAUAGGAUGGGGAUGAAAAAGGAGCAGAGCUCUGUGGUUUUCUCUUGAGAAAGAGGUGUAUACCUAAUUAAUAAGGUGUAAAACUAAUUCCCCUUAUGUUCUCCAGGCAAGAGGACAGUAAAAAGAAAUGAAAUGGAGGGAUCUGCCCCUGUUAACUUUCCUGGUCAGAAAGUGUAGUUCUGUGGGCUGUGGGCUCACCUAAACCACCAGAGCAAUGAAUAAUAAUAAUAAUAAUAAUAAUAUUUAUUAUAUAUGAAGGGAAUAGAGUACUGUAGGUUGGCGUACCACAUUCCGCCUGAGUCAGUUCUUGCAAAAAACAAAACUAUACAGUGGGAAGAGAAUUCCCACCUUGCAGAAAAUCUGCUUCUGCGAACUAUUUCCAUUCUCCGACAGCAUCACAUGUUGUUCCUGUGCUACCUUUGCCAUUUUCAGUGCCAUUUGCACAGGAGAAAGGCUUAUUUGAGUUAAGCCUACUAUGUGAAUAAUAUUUGAAAAGGAAACUGUAUUGAUGAGAAUAGUGCUGGCAUAAUGGGUGGGUGGUAGUAUUACAUUGUUUUGUUGUAUUUUUGCAUUCUGUUGGAAGCUGCCCAGAGUGGCUGUGGCAACCCAGUCAGAUGUGUGGGGUAAAGAUAAAGGGACCCCUGACCAUUAGGUCCAGCCGUGACCGACUCUGGGGUUCGGCGCUCAUCUCGCUUUAUUGGCCAAGGGAGCCAGCGUACAGCUUCCGGGUCACGUGGCCAGCAUGACUAAGCCGCUUCUGGCAAACCAGAGCAGCGCACGGAAACGCCGUUUACCUUCCCGCUGGAACGGUACCUGUUUAUCUACUUGCACUUCAUGCUUUUGAACUGCUAGGUUGGCAGGAGCAGGGACCGAGCAACGGGAGCUCACCCCAUCACGGGGAUUUGAACUGCCGACCUUUUGAUCGGCAAGUCCUAGGCUCUGCGGUUUAACCCACAGCGCCACCCGCGUCCCUAUGUGUGGGGUAUAAACAAAGAAAUAAUAAUAAUACUUCCAGGUCUUCCAUCCCACUCUGUGUGACUCCCUAUCUACUUCGGCUCCUUUCUCUCCUUCCCCACAAGCCCAAGGUGCCCUUAGGAGCUGCAGCGGAGACAGAGAGCAUGUCAGAGUCCCAUCACUGUGGAAAGAGAACUAACCUGACCUUUUUGCUUUCUCCCUGUCUGGUCUGUCACCCCCUGCAGGUGCCACGUUGGUAGUUAUUGGUUCACAUGCCGCCUUCCAUGAAUUGGAAUGUGCCGAAACCGAUGAGCUGCAGAUGGAGCCUGUGUGAAUGGUCUGGGGCAGCCCUUCGCCCCCUGUAUCGCUGUUACCGUGUCCUGUGUAAAUACCGCUGCUGCUUCAUUCCAUUGCCAUGUGCCAUGUCCUUCCUUCCUUCCCCAAGAGACUGGCUUUGAGGCUCUCUCCAGAUCUUAGAAACCCUUGAUGCUCUCCCUACUUUUUGGGGGUGCAGGUUGCCUCCCACCCCUCGUCUCCCCAUUCCUUGGAAACCCCCCCCUGCCCUGAAUUCCCAAUGACCUCGCCCUUGGAUUUCCCCAUCUCGGGCACGUGAUAAGGCCGUGUCCAGCACUCUCUGCCUUCGUGAGAUUAUUUAACUCCCGUUACACUUCACCCAGUAGCCGGGCCUUGGAGGCCUUCCAGAACAGCUUUUAGUUCAGCCUCUUUUUAUCUUCUGCCGGUAACAUUAAAGAAGCAGAAGUGUUAAUUGGAAUGUCCUCCAAGCGCUUACUCUGCUCUGCCCAAGAGGUCACAGGGAUACACAGUGUGUGCUGAUACACGACAGCUCCUUCGUUUUCUCAAGGUCGCUGGUUGGUUUGAGGCCAGCCGUCAGCAGGCUGUCGGAAAUGCGAGCAGAGAGGCCUCUUGUCGUCGCUGCUCGGAGCCGACAGUGGAUAAACCACCAAAAUAAAAAUUAAAAAAAAUCGAAACUCCAGAGUCUACAGUCAGGGCAAAAAAACCCACACUCCACAACCUAAUUCCGUACACGUGGCACCAUGAAUCAUCCAGAUUCUCCACAUUUUUGAGUGCUUUGGUCUGGCAGAUCAGUCAGAAUAAUUCAUUUGGUUGGAUUGUGGCCCUGACGUGGCCAGAGAUAAUUUAAAAUUCAUGUGAGGUGCCCUGUCCUUUUUUGCCCCCUAGCGCCUGAUAGCACAGUAUGCAACAUUAUUGCAAAGUUUUACAAGUCUCUGUAUGUAUUUGCAUCCUGUUUUAACCCCCAGUGACUAAUGGAAUAGCAACACCCUUUCUUAAUGUUACAGGUUCUGUGCAAUUUUAACUCCUCUCCCCCCCCCCCCCGCAGCAAUUAUUCAUCCAUUUGGAAAUUGCAAAGGCUCUUAAUACUAUGCUAUUUACAAGUGAUUCAUAUUCUGGGAGCACUUAAUAAAUUCCAGGUUAAGAUGG